AGCUGAAUUUAGACCCCAGAGUCCCCUGCCCUGAAGUCACUCUGAGAAACAGCAUCACGUACGUCUCUGCUUCAGGCAGGAAAACACCGGCGGCAUGGGAACGAUGCACUUACACGGGAUCAAACUUUUGCUUUUUUAUACCUUAACUCGGGUAUGCACGGCUCAAAACGACAUCACUCUGUCGGUGUUCACGGUGACAUCGAAGAGCAUGACGGUGCAGUGGAGCGGCCACGCCGGUGCCAGCUUCUACAAGAUCACGGCCACCCCCAAGAACUCGCCCGAGCAGCCGGUCUUCGCCCAGUUCAGCAGCAACGCGGUGAUGGGCUCCGUGAACUCGCUCUCACCCAACACAGUGUACACCAUGCAGCUGGAAGCCAUGGACAAUGCGCUCAAUGUCCUGAGCAGCGCCGAGACGGAGGAGACGACGGCUCCUGAUGUGCCAAGCAUUGACGAGGCCUACUCCAAAAACAGCGACAGCAUCACUGUUGAGUUUGCAGAUGUUGCCGGGGCAACCAGCUACAUCCUGAGGGCCGAGUCAGAGACAGGCGAUUUCUUCUUUGAGACCCCCGUGGCAGACUCCCCUGGCACCGUGGUGGGCCUCCAGCCCUACACCGACUACAUUCUCAGCGUCAUGUCUGUCAACUCAGGAGGAAGGAGCCAGCCAUCAUACCCCGUGGAGGCCAAGACAGUUGUGAUGGCCCCCAAAUUGAACACGUCCUCCUCCAGCAACGACUCCAUCCUCGUGACCUGGCCCCCGGUGGAGCACGCCAUCCUCUACACGCUGAUUCUUACCCUGGAAGGCGGCAGCACCGUCCGUGAACUCAACACCACCGACACCGCGGUGACGUUCGACAACCUUCAGCCGGGAACUUCCUACUGUGUGAAGGGAAUGGCGUGGGACGCUGAGGGUCGGACUGUUGACCCCCUCCCCGUCUGCCAGAUCACGCGUCCUCACAGCCCAGACGUGACCGACGUCCAGGUGACUCAGGGCCGAGCUCUUGGAAUCGCCGUGUACUGGAUGAUAGUGCCGGGGGCUACCAGCUACUUGGCCUUGACCUCCAAUGGCCAGAACUGUAGCACGGAUAAUACCUACUGCUACAUCGUGCCUCAGGAGUGCGGUCAGAACGACUCUGUCUACGUCGUAGCCUACAACGACGCUGGACCCAGCAGCCCCUCACAACCAGCUAACUACAUUACAUACCCAUGUCCCCCGGAGAACAUCUGGGUGGAGGAGCCCACCCCGGGGAACUGCUCGGUGGUGUGGGAGGACGUGCCCUUGGUGGAGCACUACGUGGCUUUCAUAAAGAGGGACGAUGGGACGGAGAAGACGUGCAACACGACAAAGACCAGCUGCUCGUUCUUCUGCCCGUGCGGCUACACGUUCCUCACCAGCGUGUUCCCCUACAACCAGGCCGGCACCAGCCUCUUCGCGCACGUCCGCAACUACACAACCAUCCCUUGUUGUCCACAGGAUGUAACCGUGAAGCUGGUGUCCACCGAGACGCUGGAGGUCAUGUGGUCGCCGGUCAAAGGGGCGGCGCUGUACGAGACCACAGCGGCGCGGACCAACAGCGUCCUGCACUGCAACGACACGUCGCCCGUGUGCGCGCUCUCAGACCUGAGGUGCAACACCCCGUACUCUGUGACAGUGACCCCCUGCAGCGAGCUACGAGGGUGCAACCGCACCUGCACGGCACAAGAGCACGAGACAGCUCCCUGUGCUCCAGAGAUCCUGAAUAUGACGCAGACCAGCAACUCCACGUACCGAGUCCUGAUAACGACGCCAAACUCUCCCAGUACAAACUAUACCGUCACUGCCACAGGACGCUACGACAAACACACGUGCCAGUCGAGAAACAGCUCCUGUGAGCUCGCGCCGCUGCCCUGCGGCUCCAUCUACGAGGUCGUAGCUGUGGCCACCGCGGCAGUGGGGAAAAGUCUGCCUGGAUUCAGUAAAACUCUGGAAACAGGUCCCUGCUGCCCCUCGACUGUGGACGUGACCCAGGUCACCCAGGCUAUGACCAAUGUCACAUGGUCGCCGGGCACCGGGGCCCGCUCCUACGUGGCCACCCUGAUGUCCCCACGCGGGGAAGCCCGGUGUCACACCCUGGACCCCCACUGCCUGAUGGGGUGCAUCACCUGUGGCACCAACUACAGCGUCACCCUGGAUGCCAUCAGCAGCACGGGACACAAGUCCCAGUGCCAAUACCGAGGCUUCUCCUCCAGCGCAUGCUGUCCAACAGGGGUCAAGCUCUAUCGCCGCACCAACAACUCGCUCAGGGUGUACUGGCGCUCUUCAAGCCCUCAGGCGUAUAACCACACGGUGGAGCUGUAUGGCACGGGGGCCAACUACACCUGCCUCGCAGCUCCAGGCGGCAUGUACUGCGACAUCCAGGAGGAAACCUGCGGGGACGUCUACACGGUAGUCGUAGCACCGGUGGGAAAGUACGGGGACAAAGUGACCUUCUGCCUGCCCAGGACGUACUCAGUUCCCUGUCCAGGAAGUAACGCCGGUAUGGUGAUCUCCCGAAGAAGACGAAGUGUAAAUUAACUUUGGGAAGCUCGUCUACCACCAUCACAAAAAGGACAAAAUGUUUUGUUUACACUAGCAGAGACUGAAAAGAACAUUAGAGCUCGUUUAAAAUCUCAGAGAAACUGUUGCAAGAAGACAACAAGCCACUUAUAAGAAUAAUGAAUUGAAAGUACAAUAUGAUGAAAGCCAUACAACACACAAUGUCCGGGAGCUUUAGGGGCAAAAAAAAACAAUGAUGGGAUUAUUUUGUAGGAUAUCUAAUCCAUUUUUUAUUGUAUGUUGCUGAUUUAAGAGAAAGACAUGUUUGUUUCACCUUGACGAAAUUGGAGCUAUAAUUUUGUAUGAUUGUAAUGAUAUCUAGUAUAUUUUUUAAAAUCCCAUAAUCAGAAAAAACAGGACUCUCCUAAACACUAACAGAAGCGUUAAGCCACUUUUUAGAUCAUUAUUGCAGCAGAUUGAUUGAAUGUAUUGUGUGUAAUGACUAAAAGACAAAACAAGUACAAAAUGAUGAGCUAGGACCUCUCCAAGUAGAAGGCCUCCACGUGGCUGCAGUACGACGUGUCCCCAGAUGGAGACCCGGACCGCGAAACUGGGACGGAUGGCAUCGAUCCCGUCCGCUCGGAGUCAUGUGGAUGAUACAUCUGAUCAAAUUGCCGGAGACAGACUCAGUGUCACCUUUGCUUUCACUGAUUUUGUUUGUGAUUGUUUGACAGAUGAAAACAAUAAAUUCCAUGUUUUUGCAUCACAAAA